AGAUCAACCUUGGAGAUAACGAAGAUGAGGACAAAGAAAAUGAAGAAGCUAAAGAAAAGAAGGAAGAAGAAGCUGAAAAAGCCAAAGAAAAGAAGGAUAAAGAAGCCAAAGAAAAGGAGAAUGAAGAAGCUAAAGAAAAAAAAGAUGAUGAAGAUGAAGUAAAUCCUAUGACAGAGCCAGCAAGAGUGCCACCUAAAAGGCCUGGAAUUGUUCAUUUUUCUUUGAAGAUGAAGAGUAGUAGGAUAUAUGUUUCAGCAGCUAAAAUAGUUGAACAUAAUCUUGGUUCAAUACCAAAAUUUGGUUUAUCCUAA